AUGCGCCUCGGAACGUUUUCGGUUAACGAAGCUUUGUUGCCCAAGCACUGGAAUCUGCAGAACAUCCUGGAAAACAUCGCUUUGUGUCGAAUGCUCCUGUCGCGCGCUUCGCUCCAACCGUCUCCCGUGCUGCGUCGGGCUCCAGCGCAUGAAUGUCUGAUGAUCGACACGAUCGCCCCCGACGACUAUAACCCUGUUGGUUGUACCGGUUCAGAAGCGACCGUAAAUCAUGGGCUAGGGGACUCAGGGCUUAUCCAGUCGUUUAUCCUGGGUAUAUCAUUGGAGCCAGUUAUCAACGCUAGUUGGGCAGUUGGUUUUUUGGCCAGUAUAUACUUUCCGGAUGGAAAAAUGAUGCAGCGGACCGAUGUGCAUUUACCAGCUGAUUUGCAUAACGAAAACGAUUCUGCUGAUCAGAUGGCUUCUGAAGCAGGCGACAUGACCCUUCGAGUGAUCAGUGGAAACUCUGAAAAGACACUUCUGAUCGAAUCGGACAGCCGAGACGUGGGGCUAGAAAGAAACGUAUUACUUUUGAGAAAAAGUCUACCGGUCGAUUUCACGACCAUCUCGGACGUCAGUGACAUCGAUAUCAGCCAGUUCUGUGAAGCGCUUAGGACUCGAUGCAUCGACCUCCUCAGAAAAGCAGUCAUUCUGCCAUCAUCGCAGACCUUUACACUGCUCAGUGCAGCCUUUGCUGCAAGAAGCGAUCGACCUCAUUGUCGCCGUACCGUUCCACGAUUAGCCAUUUGA